CCUGGAGGCGGGGACAGCCGUGGGGUCUGGUGGAGUAAGGCGCAGCAAGAUGGCGGCCGAGACGGUGGAGCUCCACAAGCUGAAGCUUGCUGAACUAAAGCAAGAAUGUCUUGCUCGUGGUUUAGAGACCAAGGGAAUAAAACAAGAUCUUAUCAAUAGGCUCCAGGCAUAUCUUGAAGAACAUGCUGAAGAGGAAGCAAAUGAAGAAGAUGUACUGGGAGAUGAAACUGAGGAAGAAGAACCAAAGCCCAUAGAGUUGCCUGUUAAAGAAGAAGAACCUCCUGAAAAAGCUGUUGAUAUGGCAUCAGAAAAGAAGGUGGUAAAAAUUACAUCUGGAAUCCCUCAGACUGAAAGAAUGCAGAAAAGGGCUGAACGAUUCAAUGUACCUGUAAGCUUGGAGAGCAAGAAGGCUGCUCGGGCAGCUCGGUUUGGAAUUUCUUCAGUUCCAACAAAAGGUCUGUCAUCUGACACCAAGCCUUUGGUUAACCUGGAUAAACUGAAGGAAAGAGCACAGAGAUUUGGUUUGAAUGUCUCUUCCAUCUCUAGAAAGUCUGAAGAUGAUGAGAAGCUGAAAAAAAGGAAGGAGAGAUUUGGGAUUGUGACAAGUUCAGCUGGAACUGGAACCACAGAGGAUACAGAGGCAAAGAAAAGGAAAAGAGCAGAACGUUUUGGGAUUGCAUAAUGAAAAGUUCAUGCUCUCUGCCCCAUCGUGGUUUCCAUUUCUCAAAUUCUUCUUGGGUUUAUACACAUACACACACUCACACGCACACCCGUGCGCGUACACAUGCACGCACAGUUGUCUGCCUCACAGUGAGGAAGCCUGUACCCUAGGUACAUCCUUGAAUUCCAGUAGCAGUUGGAUUGAAUUGCUGCUCUACAUUUAAGGUUGUUGUGGGUUUUUUGUUUUGUUUUGUUUUUAAUUAUUUUGCUUAUUAAUAAAAGAAGAAAGAAAAGAAAACGUGUUUCAUUAGGU